AAUUCAAUGAAGAAUUUGUCUGAAAUUUAUGUGUCAAGUCCAAAAUUUUGCUUCAUUGUCCACUUAGUAGUAAUUUAUGUGGAUUAUGGGAGGAAGUAGAACAAGGUGAAUAUACUAACCAGAAGUAAUGAUCAAUGUUCUUAUAGAUCUAGGAUGUUCCUCCAAAUGGUAGUCCUUGGCUCUCUCUAUAAAUUACCACUUAUCUACAAACUAUAGUUUUGGAUGGCAACUGCCAAAUGUGUUUUGAAGCAGGUCCUUCUGAUUCCUUAAUUUCUAAAAGUCCUUCAAAUAGGACUGGUUUGAGAAACCUGAUUUUUAUGACAGCAUCCGAGAGAAUGAAUAUAGCUUCCUAGCAUAUUUCUAAAAAAUCCAUGUGUUGUAAAUGUCUCUUCAGUGCCUUGAUUCAGAUCUCAGCCUGCACAGAGAGCAGGCUACCUGUCUGGAAAGGUAGCUGUGCUGAUGUCUUUCUUCCUCUUUCAGUGCUGUGGUCAUUGUUGUUUGGUCUAUCUCCAAGAAUCUGCCUCUUUCUCUGAAUGUUUGUAAUUGUUCCCAUUGCACAUCUUCCAUAUUCUUUUCCAGAUGAUCCUCAGAUAUGCCAUUUUACAGACAUUUCUAGGGAAAUAAUGGUUCCUCUUGCCCGAGGCACAUUUAUUUUUUGCGCUUAGCUGUGCAGACCUGGAUGCUGCUUUUUAUUGCUUCAGGGAAGGGCAGAGAUACAACCAACCAAAUUAUAGGCAAACAGGCCUAGUUUUCCUUAUCUGUCAGAUGGUUCAAGGUCAUCCUCUACUCCCAGCCAUAUUCUCAACCAUACUUGCUUAGUGUGACAGAAUUCCUAUUCCUAUUCCUGUCCUUCAUGUACCCCUCCAAUGCCUCUGGGUAGAAUGGAGGAGAAAUGUUGUAGCAGCCCUUUCAUUGUGUUUCUGAACAUGUAUUUCUUUGCCAUCAGGACUUUCUGCUCAUCUCUCUUGGCACCAAGAUCCUCUACACUCAUUUCACUCAUGCAGCUUCAUAUACUGGUUAUCCAUGAUAUAGAGAAAACUGUUGGUUGGGACAGAUACCCACUUCAAUAUAAGAAAUCAAGUUGAGAGAUUGGAAUAAAGAGGAUGAGCCCUGGCACGAAGGAGGCUAAUAGCUAUUGGCACAUGAUUUGAAGCUUGAUGCCAGCAAGUUGGAGGAAUUAUUCAGAACUGGUACCCUCAACUUUACUUGUUCAGGGGCACUGACCUUAAAAAGCUCAGAUCCAGAAUCUUGUUUUGUAUACUGUAGAUAUAUCUUAGUCUAAUCUUAAAGUUCUCAAAGUCCUCUUUACACUGACUUGGGUUACUCUCUCUUUAACCGUCUGUGGCCAACUCUGAGGCUGUCUACAAGUUUCUAUACCCAUGAACAAAUCUGCUACAAGUUAUUAGUUUUGGAUUUACAUAAUGUCUUAAUUAACACCAAUGUAGUAUCUGGCUGUUUAGUGGUAGUGGUGGUUGGUGGUGGAGAGCCUGGAUAAUAGCUCAUAGGAGAGCUAGAUACUGUCAUACUCUGUUUUCCUGAAGUAAGAAAUCUCUGGAUCCAAGUUAUAUCAGAUUCUUGUAGUCUAUGUUGCUAUCGUCCAUCCCUACUCCUGAGCCCCCAGUCAUGAACCACCAUGUUAAGGGACUCUUCCUUUUUUCCAUGCCUGAGUUGACUGGACAAGUGCCAACUCUGAUCGUGGGCUUACGGCAUGUAAUGACACACACUCCUUUUCCAUAUUCUGUAUGUCUCUAGUGGGGAGGGGGUUUUGCCAAGACCCUUAGUUUAUUUUCUGAUUGCCUCACUCAUAUUACCCCUGAGGCCUCCUUUGUUCCCGAAGUAGGCUAGGGACAUCCUGCUUCCUAGAACCAAAUCUACAAGAAACAAAGGUACGUAACAAAGCCAAAUGGGAACAGAAUCAUGCUUGGAACUCUCUCUGGGCAGAAAACAAUAACUGGUAUGGACUAGAGAUUAGGGGAGGAGAAGGAAAAAUGGGGUAAAAGUACGGAAGGAAGCUGGCAGGUUCAGUGUUUCUGUGUUGGCAUGACCAGUCUCUCUUCAUCCUCUUCCUGGAUGUAGGGCUUGGUUCCAGGGCCCCUGAGGCUUUCUCCACAAAUAAAAGGAGGUGAAGCUGUCUGGUGUCCCUAUUUCAGGUUCUUGGGGGCAGCCAAAAUGAUGUCCUUUGUCUCUCUGCUCCUGAUUGGCAUCAUGUUCCCUGCCAUCCAGGGGAAGCAAUUUACAAAAUGUGAGCUGUCCCAGGUGCUGAAAGACAUGGAUGGCUAUGGAGGCAUUGCUUUGUCUGAAUGGAUCUGUACCAUAUUUCAUACUAGUGGUUAUGAUACACAAACCAUAGUCAAUAACAAUGGCAGCACAGAAUAUGGACUCUUCCAGAUCAACAAUAAAUUUUGGUGCAGGGACAACCAGAUCCUUCAGUCAAGGAACAUCUGUGACAUCUCCUGUGACAAGUUCCUGGAUGAUGACCUUACUGAUGACAUGAUUUGUGCCAAGAAGAUCCUGGAUAAGGAAGGAAUUGACUACUGGUUGGCCCAUAAACCACUCUGCUCUGAGAAACUGGAACAGUGGCACUGUGAGAUGUUGUGAGUGCCUGCGGUCUUUGCUGUUUCUGCCCUCUGUACAUUCCUGGAAUGCCUCUCCCCUAAGGCUACCUCAGUUUGCUUCUUUCUACCCCCUUGAAGCUGAUUUGUCUUUGAGCCCUGAACUCUGUAGUGACACCUUUGGACACUUGAGAAUGAUUCUCCAGGGAUGUGUGACUGGUACACUGGACUUUUGACCCUUGCUUAGUGCCCCCUGAUGGCACUUUAACUACAACAAUGGGUUCCACCUCUGUCUUGAAUAAAGGGCCUGAUUUUGAA